AUGACGACGAGCAUCACAGACGCACGGUAUAAUGUACUUCACCACACCUCCUCCUACACUUCGUCAUUACUAUUCGACGAACCACCCGAGACAGGUUGGUCGGUGAUGCCAGGCUACGAUGAAACUCUCAAUAUACCUAUCGAACUUGAACCACCGAGAUUUGAUGCGGAUGAGACUCUGCCUAAUCAGAUACACCCCUCAUACCCUUAUGGUCGACCGCUAAGUCUAGGGAAGAAAUCAGGUGGAAGUAAAGGAAAGGGCGUGGGUAAUUUACUGGGUACAAUUGGUAUGGGUAUGUCGAUGAAUCUGAGAGGUGGAGAAUGGACUGGAGAAAGCGGGAGGACAGGGGGUCAAUGGCAGGAAUGGGGGCUGGAAGAGGUGAAAAGCUCGGGUGGGGGAGGAAAGAGGGAAGUACCUCCUGGAAUGGCUGGAGCCAAACGACCGCCUUCUCCACCUUCACCAUCUCUUCACCCAUCCUCAAUCCCACCGCCUCGUUCAAUGCACCUACGCCGUCUGAUCGAACGACAACAGUCAUCACCUUCCAUACCGAAUGAAGGGUUUGACGCACCAGUGCCGAAUGAAACGUAUGAUGAACCUAGUUCACCUCAGCAACAACAGCAACAACAAAAUCAGCCCAUAGAACAGACAAGGAACAGUAGGAAUGUAGUGGGUACAGGAAGUGAGAGGGAGAAUGAAGAUGAGGAUGGCAAUGGGCACGGAGGGAGUGAAGAGGAGAGGAUGGAUGACGAGGAUUGA